CGAGCCGGGCGGCGGCGCCGCAGUGACUCGCUGGGCCCGGCAGCGGCGGCGGCUUCUGGGGUUUCAGAGAAGCGGAGUGGGUGGGCGGCGGGUCCCUGCGGCCUCUAACGACUUUUGUGCAGAGCCCCUCACUCCUCGGGCGGCUGCGGUGGUGGGCACACCCAGGGGGGAGCGGCCACCGCGGACAGGUUAGCGUGGGGGAAGGGGCGAGCGCCAGAGUAGCCCAUCUCCAGCCCGGGAGUCCGAGGCGGCCGGCCGGCCCAUCUCCCACCAUGUCGGACGAGACGUCGGCCACCACUUCCUAUGAGAAGUUUCUAACCCCAGAGGAACCCUUCCCACUCCUAGGAGCCCCUCGUGGGGUGGGCACCUGCCCCAGCGAGGAACCCGGCUGCCUGGACAUCAGUGACUUCGGCUGCCAGCUCUCCUCCUGCCAUCGCACGGAUCCGCUCCAUCGCUUUCACACCAACAGGUGGAACCUUACUUCUUGUGGAACAAGCGUGGCCAGCUCAGAAUGUAGUGAGGAGCUGUUUUCAUCAGUUUCUGUUGGAGAUCAAGAUGACUGCUAUUCCCUGUUAGACGAUCAGGACUUCACUUCUUUUGACCUCUUCCCUGAGGGAAGUGUCUGCAGCGAUGUCUCCUCCUCUAUCAGCACUUACUGGGAUUGGUCAGAUAGUGAAUUUGAGUGGCAGUUACCAGGCAGUGACAUUGCCAGUGGAAGUGAUGUACUUUCUGACGUCAUACCCAGUAUUCCAAGUUCACCUUGCCUGCUUCCUAAAAAGAAAAACAAGCACCGGAAUCUAGAUGAACUUGCUUGGAGUGCAAUGACAAAUGAUGAGCAGGUGGAAUAUAUUGAGUAUCUGAGCCGUAAAGUCAGUACUGAGAUGGGCCUUCGGGAGCAACUUGAUAUUAUUAAAAUCAUUGAUCCUUCUGCACAGAUCUCCCCUACUGACAGUGAGUUCAUUAUUGAACUUAACUGUCUCACAGAUGAAAAACUGAAGCAGGUCAGAAACUAUAUCAAGGAGCAUAGCCCUCGUCAGCGGCCUACAAGGGAGGCCUGGAAGAGAAGCAACUUUAGCUGUGCAAGCACCAGUGGAGUGAGCGGUGCCAGUGCCAGCGCCAGCAGCAGCAGCGCCAGCAUGGUCAGUUCUGCAAGCAGCAGUGGGUCCAGUGUUGGAAACUCUGCUUCAAACUCCAGUGCCAACAUGAGUCGAGCACACAGUGACAGCAACCUGUCUGCAAGUGCAGCAGAGCGGAUUCGGGAUUCAAAAAAGCGAUCCAAGCAACGAAAGUUACAGCAGAAGGCCUUUCGCAAGAGGCAGCUGAAGGAGCAGAGGCAGGCCCGGAAGGAGCGGCUUAGUGGGCUCUUCCUUAAUGAAGAGGUGCUGUCCUUGAAAGUGACUGAGGAAGACCAUGAAGCAGAUGUUGAUGUUUUAAUGUAAUAGGGUGGAUUUAUUGGCAUCCUUUCUAAGCAUUAUUCUGUCCCCAUUGGUUUACAUGCAUCAUGACCAAAAGUUUGGUUUUAGGGUUGUGCUGAUGUACCUACCAUUCAUAAUUUAGGCCAGUGUUUCUCAGAGGGUAGUCCUAGUACCUGCAGCUUCAGCAUCACCUGAAAAGAUGUUAGAAUUGCAUCUGAGGCCCAUUGCAGACCCACAGGCAGUAUGGAUUUGGGGUAGCACUGUGUUUUAACCAAUGCCAGCUUAUUCUCAUGCAUAUUAUGAUUUAAGAACCACUGGUAAAUGUCUUAACUACUUUAACUUUAUGAUGAUUAAGUGGGCUUUUCAAAGACUAGUACAUAUACAAUUGGGGGAAUUUCAAAGUACCAAUGACAAUUAGUUUAUUUUGUCACUAUAUGGGUAGAGUCCGUAAUUCAGUUCCCUUUUUUUUUUCUUCAAGACAGGGUUUCUCUGUAUUGUUUUGGAGCCUGUCUUGGAACUCGCUCUGUAGACCAGGCUGGCCUUGAACUCACAGAGAUCCGCCUGCCUCUGCUUCCCAAGCACUGGGAUUAAAGGUAUGCGCCACCACCGCCUGGCUUAGUUCCCUUCUUAAUGAAAAGAUUUGUUAGUUUACUUUUUCAAGAGGGCCAAUUAUUAGUUCCUAGGGGCAAAUAUUUUUUGAGGUGAGGGUGCACAUAAGGUAUGCAUUGCUGUUUACAAUAGUGCCUUCAUUAGGUUUAGUUCCGUUUUCAUUAAGUAUUAAUGCAAAGGUAUAAGAAAAGGCCCUAAUCCUUUCAAAUUAGAUGUGGGUUUUUUUGUCUUUCUAUACUUUAUGUCAAGUGAAAAUCAUUUCUGGAAGUAAUAACUACUAAAAAAAUAAUGCUACACUAGCACAAUUUUAGACUUAGUGCUGUGCUGAUUAAAUUUUCAAAUGGAGAUUACAACUAAGCAUUGGUACCAAUCAAACUUUCCCAAUGCAUCCUUACAUUUUAGACUGCCAGAUAAUCUCCAGGCUAGAUAAUUUAUGUUUCUCUCUAUCAAAAACACUUUUAAUGCAGCACAUCUUUAAUUUUAAUAGCUUAUAGGCAUUGGAACAGGUUAAUGUUCCAAAUUAACUGACAGACCACUUAGUGUUCUACCAAACUUCAGAAACUGCUUUGACUAUGCAAAGCAGUGGAGUAAAGAAAACACCUUUGUGGGUUUCUAAUAGGACUUGAAGUCUAAAUGGGAAAUCAUGGAGUUUCUUGAAUGUUUUCCAAGAAUUCAUUAUCAUGAACUUAGAAAUAGUUUGAUUCCUUUUCUUCUGUGUCUUUGAGCAUUCACAUGAGCUAGAGAAGACAGAAACCGGGACUACUGACAAUCAACUUGCUUUCUGACUUUCAUUUUAUUAUAGCAUUUAGAAGGCAAACUGAUUGUAUAUUCAGUAUUUUGAAAAGACUACAGAGUUCAGAGGUUAAUAGGUUUUAAACAGUGUUUAGCUUUAUUUCUUCAAAAAGAUUAGCAACUUAAAUUUCUUCAUGCUCAGUUGGUAUAAAGGCUUAAAUUUUACUAAAUUAAAAGUGAAAAUUUAAUCCUGAUAUGAUGGUACAUACCAUUAAUCCUAGCAUUCAGGAAGCUGAGGUGGGGAUUGCAAGUUCAGAGCUAGCAUGGCUACAUAGUGCUACUAAUAUUUUGUAUACAUUGAAAUUUUUUAUUUUAUUUUGCUUCUUUGAAGGCUAAAGAAUUGAAACUGAGGGUAAAAAUUAGUAUCUUGCAGCAUGGCUGAGGUCUGUGGUCUGGCUGUAAUUUUUGAAUGCCUACUAAGGUCAGAAUUUAGAAUUCUACUAAAGUAAAAGCAUGACUAAGUGUGCUUUCAGUUCAAGUAGUAUUUCUGAUUUUCCUCCUACCUCCUUUGGUACUCCAGUCUGGUUUAGAGGGACCAAAGAGAUCCUAGGGUCAGACCUCAGAAUACUUGAUGAAAGGCGUACUCUGUUUUCCCUUCGAAGCACAGAAAUAGAACACAGAGAAGAGAAGCAAAUACAUCUAAACUCUCUGCCUUCCCUAAGCGGUAGCAAAAUCCCACAGAGAAAGUAUCCACAUGCUCUUCCUAUUCUCCACGGAAGAUGGGUAGCAAUGAGAUACAGAGCAAUGUUUAUCACAAUUUGUUGAUGCUCCGUAGAAGGAAAUCCAAAAUCAGUUCAGGAUAUAAUUUAAGCCCAAUUCCUCUGUGCUCCCCCAAAUCAUGAAGUCUUAACUUAGAUUUAACUUAAGUCACUAUUGAAUAAGUUUACCAAAGUGCCAUUGGCAGAUUUUUAAUGUCUAUAAAGAUUUGAGUAUUUGUAGAAAUGUGUCCUGAAAUUUUGUUAAGUCCAGAUUCACUUAGAACCAGAAUGUAAAGUCUAUUUGGAAGAGAUGGAAAAUACUACUUUGAUUUAAAAGAAAAAAAAAUGGAACUACUGGACUUGUUUAUGGUCUAAGAGAUAGAGAUUAAAAUCUCUUUCCCUCCAAAAUAGAAACAAUAACAAAAAGACAAAAGUCUCUUCUGUCUUUGUCAAUGUGUUGUGGUCUGUUAUCUGUUAGGAUGUUUCAUGUAGAUAAUUUCAGAGAUAAUUGUUGAAAUAGAUGGUAAUUUAUUAAAUCUGGUAUCUCUGUGAGGUAUAUUUUAAAAAAAACUCAAGUCAGUUACCUUUUUUUCCCUUUUCACUGGAAAGCCUACUUAAUCAGUCAAUGUAAAUGAAAAUCAGGGACAUGCAAAUCAAAACUGUUAAGAUUCUGUCUUACUCCAGUCACAAUGGCUGUCGUCAGGGAAACCAAAAGCAAAUACUGGUGAGAAUAGGGUGUGGGAAGGAAUCUGUAUAUACUGCUGCUGCUAAUAUAAACUGGCUGUACCAGUAUAAAUCAAUAUGGAAGUUCUUUAAAAAAACUAGAAAUGGAACUAAUUAUUAUCCACCUACCUAGGUAUAUGCUCAAAAUAAGUGAACUCAACAUAUGAUAGGAACACUUGUGUUUCCGUGUUUAUCAUAGUAAUGUUUCCAAUAGCAGGUGAAUAAAGAAAAUGACAUAUGCACAGAGUAUAAUUGUAUUCAGCCAGAAAGAAAAUGGAUGGAACUAGAUAGAGAUCAUCAUGUUAAACAAAGCAAACCAGGCUCAGACAAACAUUGCAGUUUUCUUUUACAUGUGGAAUCUAGAUUUAAUAAAAUGUAUCUCAUGUGAUUAGAAGGGGUACUAUUUGAGAAGAGGAAAGGCUCUAGUGAAAAAGGAAAUGGGGGGACAAAAGAUGGUGGGUGAAUAAGAUCAAAGUAGAUUAUAAAUAUGUAUGGAUAAAUAAGUGAAUGCAUGAGAAGUCCAGAAAUUUGCUCCAGUGUUCGUCCAAAACAGUGGAGUAAGUCUCCUCUUCACAGAUUUAUCCAGAGACUUUUUAUUAGAGAUCUUGGAAGAGGAUAUCAGUCCUUACUACAGCUUUUAAAAGUGUGAGCAGUAAGUUAAGCAAAAUGGCAUGUAUUUUUAUACAGUUUUGCAAAUGAUUAAAGGAAGGCAGUGUUCUAGAAUGUAGUAGGUUGUAAAGGGCUAGUUCAUUCUAUCUUACCAAGAACUUAGAGUAAAGUGAUACUUUUUCUUCAUUCUUCAAUAGAUAGUGGCAGUUUUGUUGAGUUCCUCUGUUUUGGAGUAAGCUAGAUAUUGCUGAAUCAAAUCCUAGAAGCCAGCUUAUAAAAUUGUGACCUAUAGUGUGCAUAGACAUCUCAUUUUUUUAUCUUUUAAAAGUGAUAAAUUCCCUUAAAAGAAAAAAAUAUAAGAAACUAUUGUAUAAAGGUAUCCAGAUUCUGAUGAGCUUUAAAAAUGUAAAAUUUAUUGUAUAUCUUCAUAUUUAAGCCAAAAAUGUUAUUACAUAAACUCUAUAGAAGUCUUGUUUGUUUUUGGUUCUCUUAGCAGACUUUUUUUCAUGGCUUCUCUGUAGCCUCAUGUGCCUUAAAGGUGGUGAACUUCGUAAUUUUCAUCAAUAUCAGGCUUUUCCAAACUCAGAUAAUUUGGUUCAUAUAAUGCUCAUGGUGUUUGGAUAUUAGCAAGCAAAACCAAUCAGUAGUAAUAGAAUAUAAAAUGAAAUAAAAACCUUCAGAUCUUAGACUCAUUUGCUUAAAAUUAGUUUUAAUCCACCAGAUUAUUGAAGAGCUUUGCAUUCAUGUAAAGUUUUGGUUAAUGUAUUAUUUUUUUCCACUGGAAAAAAAGUCUGAGGCCAGGAUACUUAUUUCCUUUAUCUGAGACAGGGUCUCCCUGUAUACUUCAGGCUAGCCUUGAACUUGCUAUGUUGUUCAGGCUGGUCUGGAACUUGUGAUUCUUUCCCCUUAGCUUCCCUGAUAUUUGGACCCUAGACAGGUCUGGGGAGUAUACUUUUUUAAGCUAGGUCACAUGUAUCAUAAAACAUGAUUUUUAGGGUCUAGACAAAAUGCUGGAACCAAGAUAGCUAGGUGUUUCUUCUGUUAGUUUUAGGGAUUCUUUAAAUUCAUUUGUGUAAUUGUCGGGGCACCCUAUCCUCUCUCCUUUAACAAAUUACCUCUUAGCACUGUGUCUUCAAGAAUUCUUCUUUGGAAUUGAUGGAGGGUGAAAUCAGUUUGGCUUAGCUGAUAGUAUAGUUCUUUUGUGUUCAAUAGUAAGGUGGGUGUUGAAUGCACUAACAGUCAACAUAUUUAAGUUAGAGAUGAUUCCAUCUUGAAAGGGUCUAUUAGGAAAUAAAUAUUUGAGUAAAAACUCUAUUAUGGUAACUUUGCAGUAAAUUUAAACUUGAUGAAGUGAGAUGAGUGAACGUUAUUAGAUGUGUAAGAAGCUGUCUCAGGUACUUUGAGUUAGACAUUUAUGUCAGUAUAGUAUUUGGAAUACAAUCCUUGUAAUAUUUAAAUUUGGUCUUUGAAAAAUCAUGUACAUUCUCUAUGAGGCUUAGAUGGAACUCUGACAAUUUCUCUAACUGGACAUUAAGAGUAAAGCAAUUGAAUAGUUCAAGAUCCAAGUUGGCUCACUGCAAUUAAAUUUUCAUUUCUUAAGUACUGAAUUUGUUUGCAGCUGCCUGCCCAAUUAUUUUCUGAAUUGAGAUUAUUGGUGUUUUAAUCGAGACCAGACCAUGGCAAAUUGCAUUUUAAUUUUAUAUUCAUGCCAAAUUUGGAAAAAACAGUGUGGUCUUUGCUGAUUUCAAUAUGUAGUGGUUUUUCUUUGUUGUCAGUUUUCUUCUGUUACAUUUUGUGGUAAAUGGGACCUGUGGAAAUCUGUGUUCUUUUUUGUGGUGAUGGAUGGAGUGGAAAAGGGAAGAAUUGCUUAUUUAAGGCAUAUCCGCUUUGACUAUGUCAAGGUAAUUAUAGAAUUAAUGCUUACAGAUGACAGGUGCACACUUAAGAUGCUUAAGAUGCUGAAUUUUUCAGAACAACCAUGGCUUGUUCUGAAGUUGCUUGUUCUUCUAGGCUUUUAGAGAAUGGAGCUGAUAGUGUCUCUUCCUGUAGUGGGUGAAUUUAAUUUCCUGUUGGAGUACUAUAGUUUAGAUAAAAUCUUUGUAUUGGCAGUUUAAUAGGACUGGUAUCAAAAAAAUUAACAGUAAACACAAGUACAUUAAAACAUUUCACAGAUCAUUAAGAAUUUCAAAUUGUGGGACUCCCCCCACAUGUCAGAAAUUAGUUGUGUAGCAUCAAUAUCAUAACCAAAGUAAGUAGGAAGUUAACUGGUUUGGAGGAUCUUCAAGUAGUCUUAAAUACUGUAAAGUAUCAGAUUGUUAACCAGGACUUUUUCUGUAUUCCUGCAAAAUAUAUUCUAUAUUAAUGCACUUUUGUAUAUACGACAGACUUCUGCACGUUCUGUGCUUAAUACAGUGUAUAUAAAACCUGUUUGCUUUUCUCAAAGCCAUGUGAGGGGAUAACAAUAGUUAGAACAUAUUUGUUUUCUCUUUUGAGUUCCUUCUUGCACAUGAAAAUAUUUUAGCCGUUAUGUCUAAGUGAGUAUGAUUGUAACUGAAGCUGGCCAUGUGGCAGGAUUGUCUUUAGAACUCAGUAUCAGAACGAAAGGAGUCAUUUUGUGUGUUAAGACUUGUGGUAAUCGUUCUAUCUUUUAAAAAUCCCACUUGCUGCUUACUUACCACUUUAUAAUCUAAAUCAGCUACUCUCAAAGACCCAUCCCUGAGCUUUUGCCACUAACAGAGAAUUGUCCUUACUGUUGUUCACAGUUUUAUUAGAGUCUAUAAACUUGUUUUAUGAGAGUCCCAGUCUCCCAAAAGUCAGGAGCAAAACAUUUUUUGAAGAGAUCAGAUUUCUAGAGAGAUUAUCAUUCACACACUAAGUGAAAAGUAGGUCGGUUUUUUUGUUGACAAAAACAAUCUAUUUUGUUUAUAUAUUGCAGUAGAAUCUUUUAAAGUUAAGUUUCCAGAAAAGAAAUGUCUAUGAUCAGUUGUGUGUAUAGAUCCAAGUGCCAUUCUGAUUUUGUUUGUUUGUUUGUUUCUGUUUUUGUUUUGUGUGUGUGUAGGUUUUUGGUUUGCUUUUGGUUUUUGAUCAACAAUGUUAUUUCUUGCCACUAGAGGGACUUCUAUGUUCUUUUCUGUUUUGGAAAAAUCUUAGCUUUUUUUUUUUUCUAAGUUUCACAGAUUGGCAUAGAGUUAUUCUCAGAAUGUUUUGUGUUAGUAACUAUAUUCAUUUAUUAGUCAAAAGUAGAUUAAUUAAGAUUGUUUAAUGAAAAAGGCAGUUUUACUCAUGCUGUCUGUAAUCUUCCAUUUUUAAUAAAUGUUAGAUACUAAGUUAAA